AUGAGCAUUGCCACAACAUCUAUUGAUACACGGAUAAAGAGGCCAUCUGCAUAUGAGCGAAUAGACGAUAUUGUACCCGUUUAUGACAGGGAUUACGUCAGCAGCACUUUUGCUACUGAAAGUUCGAGAAAACUCUGUGAAUACGAACGGAAAGAGUACCAAGAAGACGCGAGCGUGUUAUGGCUCGAUUAUCAACGUGCAGUUGAACGCGUCUCUUUUUGCACCAAUGCAAAGCCACUAUCUAUCCCUUUCCACAAAGGAGCAAGUGGUCGGAUGGAUGCUAGAAUUGUUCUUCCAAUCCGUCAAAAGAUACUAAUACGAUGUUCAUUGAGUACUUUUCGUGAACCUCUGGAUAUUGUUCUUCAUCAUGAACGGGCAUUUGCGUGCCGAGAGAUCUCGAUUCCUUUGAUCACUAGGGAGGAUAAUCGGAUGAGUAUCGUCGCAGUUCGCAAAAAUAGCGUCAAACCUAGUCCCAUCUCUGAAACAAAAGCCACUAUCAACGCUGCUCGAUCAUCUGCCGAUAGCCUUAGCAUCGCAUAUGUGAAUGCUACGUUUGACCAAUCAUGGAUUGCGGAGAAUUCAAUGCGCGGAAUAAGUACUGCGCUGGAUUGUUCUCGUUCAGAAAAAGUCAUGAUGAACAUAUCGCAAGUAGACGUAAGAAGGAAGAAACCCAACACUUCUUUCUCCGAGGAAGUUGUCCUUGCUAUUCCCAGAGCUGAAUCAUUGUCACUAGCAUGCUCCGCACUGACAUCAGAAUUUUUGCGAAGUGCAUCAAGCAUAGCUGUAGACAUUUCGCUACCACUGGUUGUCCAUGACUUCACCUACUACAACUCAUGUACGCUACGGGUGCAGAAAAGAAGACCAGGCUUUACAGGAUUUGCUGAAACUGAACUUCCAGUUGCGCGAACUAUCUCUGAAUCGUUGAAUGUGUGCGAACUCAACGUUGAAAGAAGGCGCCGAGCGUUUUCCUCUAGCAUCGCAAUUUCAAUCACUAUACCUCGGAUCACAGCUACAGCGCUCACCAUUAUCGAUGCACCUAUAGAAAAGAAGUGCAAAAGUGCUUUUGAUUCGGUAGUAGGAGUGAUGCCCUUAGCACGCUUAGCAUACAGUGUUUACAACGCGAUGAAACUAAAUGUUCGACGCAAGAGAACGGCACAAACCUCAUCUACGGAAAAGAAGCUCGAUAUCCCGAGAACAGCUGUCGCAUCUUUUAGUUCCACUGAUUUAUAUGUGGAUUACGCACGUCCAGGAUUUCAAAUGUCGGUCGAAUUUAUUGUGCCAAUACCGCGUAAGGAAGACACCAUAAUGAGAAUUUCGCAACUUAGAGUUAAAAGACGCAGGGCAUCGUGCAUAGCGGAGGUGGAACGAAGCGAGCCUAUCCCCAGAAUGGAUUUUACCGAGUUAAGCGUUUGGGAGGUGAAUGCGUCUCGUCAAAGGAAAGAUGAAGUGUGUAGUGCAGGACUUGUCAUUGCGAUCCCACGUCUUUAUGAUACUACUGGUACGAUCAUGGACCGCCGGUUCGGUUUCACUCAUACCCUAAUGGAUGAAGGCGCUUCCAGCUGUACCGUUGACAUACCCCGCGAAGAAAAAAGCUCAACACACAUAUUGAGCUUGAGGGUGCGACGCUCUCGUAAGCAGCACACAUCUCAUGUUUCGUGCACAAAAGAGUAUACAGAUUUCAAUGCUUAUAGCUUAUCAGCUUUCGAGAGCAAAUCUUCGCUGACACGAAAGAGAGAGCCAAAUGAACUGGAACAAGGUAGCUCAGUUACCGUCGACAUCCCUCGCGUCGGGACCGAGCAGCUGCGUAUUUCUACCCUGAAAACCUCACGAAAGAGAAAGUUCGCUGAGGAAGCCACAACAUUUGUUAAGAAAUUAGCAUUGGAAGAUAGGGCGGACUUGUAUCUCACUGAAAAGAACUUCUCUAGCAGCGAAAAUCGCUCCACAGAAGUGAUAUACAUCAAGGAUCCCAGAUUGCCAGAGCGAUGCUCCAGUACAUUCAUGGAAGUGUCCAACAAAUGGAGAACUUUCGCUCAUCAGCAUGUGUCGAAUCGUCCGUUUUCGUCACCUAUGGUCACCACCCAGUUCGCUACAUUGCUACAGCGUGUGUUUUCUGGCGCUCUGAAUCGUGGAUCUAUCACAAUGUCGCAACUUCAUCGGCUGGCAAGGAAUGCUGACGGGCGUUACAGUAUGGAUAUAUUCACGGAUCCUCAGAAAGUGCUGAUAUCUGAAUCUGUAUCUAGCAGUUUGUGGAAUAGCUUGAUCAAACUUCGAAUG